AUGGCAGUGUUUAGAAAAAGAAGGAUGAGGUGUUUUUGCGUCUGGUUGUUUCCUCUCGUAGUGACCGCGGUGUGCGCCCAAAGUGCCGGUGUCAAUGACCCUAGCAAUAUGUCUUUGGUAAAAGAAACGGUGGAUAGACUGUUGAAAGGUUAUGAUAUACGAUUGAGGCCAGAUUUCGGAGGUGCUCCGGUUGGAGUGGGGAUGAAUAUAGACAUAGCCAGCAUAGACAUGGUGUCAGAAGUCAAUAUGGACUACACAUUGACGAUGUACUUCCAGCAGGCCUGGCGAGACAAACGGCUGUCCUACUCUGAGAUCCCCCUCAACCUGACCUUAGAUAACCGGGUGGCUGACCAGCUCUGGGUCCCCGACACCUACUUCCUCAACGACAAGAAAUCGUUUGUCCACGGAGUCACAGUGAAAAAUAGAAUGAUCCGGCUGCACCCAGACGGUACCGUACUGUACGGUCUAAGGAUCACUACCACUGCUGCUUGUAUGAUGGACCUGAGAAGGUAUCCACUGGAUGAGCAGAACUGCACACUCGAGAUAGAAAGUUAUGGCUACACCACAGAUGACAUUGAGUUCUACUGGCGAGGAGGAGACAAUGCUGUGACGGGGGUGGACAAGAUCGAACUGCCCCAGUUCUCCAUUGUGGAUCAUAAGCUCAUCUCCAAAAAUGUCGUCUUCUCCACAGGUGCUUACCCUCGUCUGUCCCUGAGUUUUAAGCUGAAGAGAAACAUCGGGUACUUCAUCCUGCAGACAUACAUGCCUUCUAUACUUAUCACCAUCCUGUCCUGGGUCUCCUUCUGGAUCAACUACGAUGCCUCUGCUGCCAGAGUGGCUCUGGGUAUCACCACGGUGCUCACCAUGACUACCAUUAACACCCACCUGAGAGAAACCCUCCCCAAAAUCCCCUACGUCAAGGCCAUAGACAUGUACCUCAUGGGCUGCUUCGUUUUUGUCUUCCUGGCUCUGCUGGAGUACGCGCUAGUAAACUACAUCUUCUUUGGACGGGGCCCUCAGCGUCAGAAAAGGGCAGCUGAGAAGCUAAUGACAGCCAACAAUGAAAAGAUGAGGAUGGAUCCAAACAAGUGGCUGGUGGGGAAUGUAGUUGGCAGAGAUGAUACCCUGUAUGCAAGAAUGAAACAGAGGGAUCUUGACGGUCAUGACUCGAUGUGGGAGCCAAUCUUUGUUGAUGACGCAGCAAUUGGACUUGGCGAUCAGAAAAAUAAGAUGGACCCACAUGAAAACAUCCUUUUGGGCACUCUGGACAUCAAGAACGACAUGGGCGUUUCAGAGCUCGCUCUGGGCCUCAAUGACCCACGAAAUACCAUGCUGACGUACGACAGCUCAACUCUGCAGUACCGGAAAGCAGGUCUGGCCAGGCACAACUUUGGCCGAAACACACUGGAGUGCCACAUGACUCAAAAGAAGAGUCGACUACGGAGGCGCGCCUCGCAGCUAAAAAUCAACAUUCCAGACUUGACUGAUGUAAACUCUAUUGACAAAUGGUCGAGGAUGAUCUUCCCAACCGUGUUCUCCUUCUUCAACAUUGUUUACUGGCUUUACUAUGUCAAUUAAAAAACAAAACAAAGGACAUCAGUAAGGGAAAGAACAAACAGCAAAAUAUGUUGCUCAUUUGUUGUUUGUCUCUGGUUUGUUUCAUUUUUAUGUGAUCUUGUAAAACUGGACUGAAUUAC